GGCCCCGGGUCCCGCGCGGAGCGGGCGGGGGCGGGGCGUCGGGCCAGCUGAGCGCUCGGCUCCGACCGCGCCAGUUUGAAUGAAAGCUCCGCAAGAUGGCGGCGGCCGGUGCUGAGGCGCGGAGAGGAUAUGGAAUAUUAUCUUGUAAAAUGGAAAGGAUGGCCAGAUUCUACAAAUACUUGGGAGCCUUUGAAAAAUCUUAAGUGUCCAUUACUGCUUCAGCAAUUCUCUAAUGACAAACAUAGCUACUUAUCUCAGGUAAAGAAAGGCAAAACAAUGAUUCCAAAAAACAAUGUCAAGAAAGCUUUGCAACCUGCUGUUGCUGAGUACAUUGUGAAAAAAGCUAAGCAAAGAAUUGCUCUGAAGAGAUGGCAAGAUGACCUCAACAGAAGAAAAAAUCAUAAGGGGAUGAUAUUUGUUGAAAACACUGUGGACUUGGAGGGCCCCCCUUCAGACUUCUACUACGUCAAUGCGUACAAGCCAGCUCCGGGGAUCAGCUUAGACAACGAAGCCACCUUUGGGUGUUCGUGCACAGACUGCUUCUUGGAGAAGUGCUGUCCUGCUGAGGCUGGAGUCGUUAUGGCUUAUAAUAAGAACCAGCAAAUCAGGAUCCAGCCUGGCACUCCCGUCUACGAGUGCAACUCAAGGUGCCGGUGCGGGCCUGACUGUCCCAACAGGAUUGUACAGAAAGGCACACAGUAUUCACUGUGCAUUUUUCGAACUAGCAAUGGCUGUGGCUGGGGUGUAAAAACCCUUGUGAAGAUUAAAAAAAUGAGUUUUGUCAUGGAAUAUGUUGGAGAGGUAAUCACAAGUGAAGAAGCUGAAAGGCGAGGGCAGUUGUAUGACAACAGAGGAAUCACUUACCUCUUUGAUCUGGACUAUGAAUCUGAUGAGUUCACAGUGGAUGCUGCUCGAUACGGAAACGUGUCUCAUUUUGUGAAUCAUAGUUGUGACCCAAAUCUUCAAGUGUUUAAUGUUUUCAUCGAUAACCUCGAUACUCGUCUUCCCAGAAUAGCAUUAUUUUCCACGAGAACCAUAAAAGCUGGAGAAGAGCUGACUUUUGAUUAUCAAAUGAAAGGUUCUGGUGAGUUAUCUUCAGAUUCUGUUGAUCCCAGCCCUGCCAAAAAGAGGGUGAGAACUGAAUGCAAAUGUGGAGCAGUGACUUGCAGAGGUUACCUCAACUGAAUUUUCAGGAAUUGGAAUCGAUGAUAAAUGUGGGAUUUCCCCUAUCCCUCCAAUGAUAACAGUGUAAAAGCAUUUGGGACUCUUUCAUAGUAUGAAGACCUAUACCUAUGUUGAUUUACAGUUAAUGACUCAAGACAUUUGCCAAAUACCUUAUGCUGCUUCUGGUGAGGCUACACCAUCACGUGACACUUUUUUUGAAGUGCAUGUAUUUGAUAAUUAGAUACCAAAUGCAGAAGACAAACUACUUACAAAUCAGCACAUGCUUAGGUAAAUCUGAAUAGACAGUUGCUCCUGUUAGAGUUUGAACAGUGUUAAAAUGAGGGGGUAAUGGUUGCUGAUGGGAAACAGCUCACCUUGAUUCAAAGAAACUUAAUUCAUCUUGGGCAAAUGUACAAGUUCUAUUUUUGUUACUAUAUUGUUGUUCCUGUUUAAUACUGUUCUUGUAUUUGAGGCAAAUAUGUGAUACUGAAUUUUUACUCUAUUUUCUACUUUUACAUUAAAAGAUUCACAUUUUAAUGAUAUAUUUUAGGUACAAAAUUAAGUGUAAAAAUUUAAUUUCAGCUUGAACUCAUAUUUUGAGGCAAUCUAUACCAUUUUGGAGGUCAUAUGUCUAAGCCUGUAGUUCAUAAAGAUUUUUUAAACCUAUAGAAAAAAAAACCCUUAAAAAAAACUAUGAAAGUCCUCAAUAGCUGGCCAUUAUUCAUCUGAGAAAGGACAGGGCAGUGAUUGUAGGGCUUUUUAAAGUGUCAGGGAAGGUAUAUUGAGCACUUUAAGGGUGCAACUUAGCAUGAAUUAGUAGAGCCAUGUUGAAUUCUCUCAGUGGAACAAGAUGUCUGAUGUAAUGUACACUAACUAACAGUGCUAUCUCAAUUUUAGGCAGCUUUAACAUUUCCUUUCCAUCAAACUUAUUUUUGUAUUUCCUGCAGGCCCUUGAAAAGUAAUCUAUAUUUGAAAAGAUACUUGUUAUACAGAAGACUUUUUUUGAUGUGGUAACACUAAACUUGGCCAGAGUGUAUGCCUGAAUUGAGAACAUUCAUUGGUUGUCUUAUAAAGACUGACAUAGAUUUCCCCCUGUGUAGUAAAACCUAAAUCAAGGUAAAAUAGUUUUCUUUCUGGUUCUGGAAGCUCUAGUUGUGUUCCGCAUGAAAAUUAAAGCAAAUCAGUGUUGCUUCCGUGUCCUGAUUACGUUCCACCCAAGCUCAUUGCUCUGUGCUUAAUUAGACCUAUAAGAAAGUUAAGCAAACAUGAACUGAAUGCAAGAGCUCAGCACCUCAUACGUCUUGAUACCUAACUCUUAUUUUGCUAAAAGCGAGCCCAUUAUGUUAUAUUGCUGUCACACAACUUGUUCUUUCUCAGAGUAGGGUAAACUGGAUGCAUGUUUGGAGCCCCAUAGUAUGUCUGUUAACCAGAAUUUGCAGAAUGUGCCAAGAUAAAUAUAUGUAUAAAUUUUU